UGCGGGAGGCAAGUGCGGCUCCGUGCCGUGAUGGUCCGCUGUAGUUGCGUGUUGUUCCGAAAGUAUGGAAAUUUCAUCGAUAACCUAAGACUCUUCACCAAGGGAGGAAGUGGUGGAAUGGGUUAUCCUCGAUUAGGUGGAGAAGGUGGAAAAGGUGGUGACGUGUGGGUUGUAGCUGAAAAAAAGAUGACUUUAAAACAACUUAAAGACAGAUAUCCUCAGAAACGAUUUGUGGCGGAAGGAGGAGCAAACAGUCGGGUUAGUGCACUGAAAGGCUGCAGAGGAAAAGACUGUGAUAUUCCUGUACCUGUGGGCAUUUCAGUAAUUGAUGAAAAUGGUAAAAUUAUAGGUGAGUACUCUUUGCUUCUAAGAUUCCCAAAUGCUGGGAAAUCCUCUUUGCUAAGUCAGGUUUCUCAUGCAAAGCCUGUGAUUGCGGAUUAUGCGUUUACAACAUUAAAGCCUGAACUUGGAAAGAUUAUGUACACUGAUUUCAAACAGAUAUCAGUCGCUGAUCUUCCAGGCUUAAUAGAAGGAGCACAUAUGAACAAAGGAAUGGGCCACAAAUUCCUGAAGCAUAUAGAAAGAACUAAACAACUACUUUUUGUUGUUGAUAUUUCUGGUUUUCAGCUUUCUUCCCAAACUCAAUACAGAACUGCCUUCGAAACCAUAAUACUGCUUACAAAAGAGUUGGAGUUGUACAAAGAGGAACUUCAAACAAAACCCGCACUUCUGGCAGUUAAUAAAAUGGAUUUGCCAAAUGCCCGAGAUAAAUUCCGUGAACUGAUGAACCAACUCCAGAAUCCUAAAGAUUUUCUGCACUUAUUUGAAAAAAACAUGAUUCCAGAGAGGACUAUGGAGUUCCAACAUAUUAUUCCAAUCUCUGCAAUUACUGGAGAAGGAAUUGAAGAAUUAAAGAACUGUAUAAGAAAAUCACUGGAUGAACAAACCAACAAGGAAAAUAAUGCAUACCAUGAGAAACAGUUGCUUAAUUUAAGAAUAUUCAAUACAGUAUCUUAUCAUGAGCCAUCAUGAAAUCAUGCUAUUACUUGUUCCUGAAUGGAUAUAAUUUAAAUCUAUUCAAAAUGUUAUGAAUUUGUUUGUGUUAAUUUAAAAGUUUUUCAUAGACAUGUAAGUAUUUUUUUAGCAUUAUUACUAAUCUUCUGAUAUAUGCACCAUCAUUUAAGAAUGAUACUUUUUAAGCUGUUUUAUUGUAGUUAAGGAAAUCAACAAUAAAAACAAAUGACAAUUUAUAAAUCUAUGGUCAAUCAUUAACUACCUUUAAUAAUAUCUUCUGGCAUUCCUUUAUACAUGAUAGCUCUGUUGAGAUCAUUUUAAAGAGUUAUAUAAAAAGAUUCUUAGAAUAUUAUUAGAAUCAGCAACUAGUAUGUUUUGUGUUUACUCUUUCAUGUUACCUGGUUGCUCUAAUGAUAUAAUAGUUCCGUUUUUUAAAAACCUCAAAACUCUAAACUUGAAUUUAUGUUCAGUGAUAACCAAGAUCACUGAUAAUAUUUAACAAAUCAGCAGACAGAUAAUUGUGAGUUGAGCUUUUAGAAGAGUUUCUUAAGUUCAACAGUAUUUUUUCCCCUGCAUUGGAAGAGACUUAUAUGUAUGCUUAUUUUCUUGGGUUCUAGUCUGCUUCAUGAUCCAACUUGGUAUUUAGUAAAGAGAGAAUAAAUAGGAAUUACAUUAUGAACAAUAUUAUCAGUUAGUGUAUUCUCUUUUUUCCCAAUUCUUUGAUGACGGCUUUAUUGAGAUAUAAUUCAGGUACUGUACAAUUCACCUAUUUAUUUAUUUAU